AUGACAGUAGCAAGCACAUCCCUGGAGUGCCGUGAAACCUUUUCAACCAAGUUGUAUGACGGUCAGACACGUGUGGACCCUGUUCUAGAACAACUGGAGCCUGGGCAUUGCCAUUCCAGCCAAUCCUCCGGAGACCAUAAGGAAGUAGAUAAAGAGAAUGCCCGUAGGAGGCUGUGUCUAGCUUCUGCUGUCUGCUUGGUCUUUAUAAUUAGUGAAGUAAUAGGGGGAUACUUGGCCCAGAGUCUGGCUAUCAUGACCGAUGCUGCUCACCUUUUGACGGAUUUUGCCACCAUGCUUGUCAGCUUGUUCUCACUGUGGAUUUCUUCUCGGCCUGCAACUAAAACCAUGAACUUUGGUUGGCAUCGUUCAGAGAUUCUAGGAGCUCUGGUCUCUGUGCUGUCCAUCUGGGUGGUGACCGGUGUGCUUGUCUAUCUGGCGGUUGAGCGACUCAUUUCUGGGCAGUACGAGAUUAAAGGUGGCGCCAUGGUGAUCACCUCAGGAGGUGCUGUCGCAGUCAAUAUUGUAAUGGGCAUCAUUCUUCAUCAGUCUGGUCAUAAUCACAGCCACGGCAGCACAGGAGAAGUCAGAUCACAGGAUAUCGAGUCCAAUGCCAAUAGCCAUGUGAACCCCAGUGUACGAGCUGCCUUCAUCCAUGUUGUGGGAGACCUGUUGCAAAGCAUCGGUGUCCUGAUAGCUGCCUAUAUUAUCUACUUUAAGCCUGAAUAUAAGAUAGUGGAUCCAAUCUGCACCUUCCUGUUUUCCAUUCUUGUUCUGGGGACAACCAUCUCCAUCCUAAGGGACGUUCUCUGCAUACUAAUGGAAGGAACUCCAAAAGGAAUGGAUUUUAAUCAGGUUAAACAAUCACUCCUAUUAAUUGACGGGGUGAAAGCAAUGCAUAGCCUCCACAUCUGGGCGCUGACCAUCAACCAAUCGCUGUUGUCUGUCCACAUUGCCAUCGAUGAGGCUGCAAAUGCUCAGGAAAUAUUGGCUGAAGCUAACCACGUACUCCAAAGCAAGUUUGACUUCCAUUCCAUCACGAUCCAAAUAGAAAAUUACUCUGAUGAUAUGGUCAAUUGUAGGGAAUGCCAGGAGCCCAGAGAUUAGUUCCCACCAGUGCAUAGAGUUCCUCUCAUCUGUAUGUCUGAGAGAGGCAUCAUGAGUUCAUUUCUUGGAGAAUCUCGACUGGAAUGAGUUGUGUACAAAGGGAAAGAUGGUGUGUGAAGUUAUCUGACUGCUGACUCAACCAGACCCCAGCCACUGUAGUGGCAGUGAGUUACAGUGUCCUUUAGUACAAUGCAAGAUUAAGGCUUUUAAGUCAUUUUAGUGUACAUGUUGAGCACAGUGAUAAUUAAGGUCCAAAAUUAAACAUGACCAUAAAUGUGUCAAUUGGAUAUUCAUCUCACGCCAGCAAAAUCAUUCUCUGGAUGUGUCGAUGUCCUCUAGGAGAAUGGUUGGGAGAGAGAACUUUGUCUUUGAAUUGAGACAAUCGAUUUUCAUGAAUAUAAUGUUUUUUUUUAGAUAGAACUGUUUUUUUUUCCUGGUGCUGGGAAACCAAUGUUGACAAUUUUGUUAAAAUAAGUUUAUCAUUCAUUGUUUCUGGAAUUGUCUAUAUCCGAGU